AUGGCUGUUUCGUCCACGAGCAAUGAUAUACCUAAGGUACUCAUUUUGGGCCAUUCAUUUGUGCGUAGACUUCGCAGUGAUCUACAUGCACGUUUCGACGAGCGGGCAGCCAAAAAUUUUGACCUGCAGGGAACGGCCGAGAUAUUUAUGCAUGGCGUGGGAGGUCGAACAGUCCCAAAACUAAGAAAGAUGGAUAUGGGGGUAAUCACUAGAAUAUCCCCUGAUAUAGUCAUUCUCGAUAUCGGGACGAACGACUUAGCUCUUGCCCCACCUGAGGUAGUGGGUUCUGACAUCGAGGAACUUGUUCGCUCGUUGGUCGCGGAGUACUCCGUGCGCGCCGUGGUUUUGUGCCAAGUCACUCCACGUGCGACAAACAAGGGCUCUAAUUUUAAUGAGAGAGCCAAGCUUUUGAAUCAGUACACCCGGGUAGUGAUCGAGCCCAUAGAACAAGCCAUUUGUUGGACGCAUAGAGGUUUCUCCAACCCAUCCGUAACCCCCUUUUUAGCAGACGGGGUACAUUUUAACCCCAUGGGACAAUAUACCUUGUACAUGAGUUACCGCGGAGCGAUAAAACAUGCCGUAGGAGCAAUACGGCAAGAUGAUAAUUGA